AACUUGUUGCGGUUGGUCUUGAAGCCAUGUACAAACAUUUCGCGAUCGGAGAACACGUAUUACUAGGUUCAUUCAGCAAAGUCCAGGUUGACAAUUAACAAACACCAGAUAUGACGAAUUCCCCAAAACAAGUUAUCUAACCACUUUUUUCAAUUUAGAUUAACAAGUAUAUGUAUAUGCAUCACGGAGCAAAAUAAGAGACAGAAAAUUUAUUUUUUUGAAAAUACUUUUAAAAAAAAACCCCACCCACCCCAACACCCCAAAAGAAAAACAACAACAACUAAACCCGUACAGCCGUCCUUUUUACGAGGUAAUAAAGCAAAAUUAACAAGAGAAAGUAAAUUACGAUAUACCCCAAACAAAUACCACCAACAAUAGCUUUCGGUCCAUUACAGUAAUUGUAGUUUGCCGUACUCUCACGGUUCACAAUCCCUGACGGAAUUUCCCCCGGUCCACCAAGGUAAGAGUCACACAACUACUAAGAGAAAUAAAAUUUUGUUUUUGAUAGAAAUAUAAUCCAGAAAUUGAAGAAAUUAAAUUAAAUGCUGUAAAAGCGAUAAAGCAUUUAUCUCACCCAUCUGAGGUCUUUAUUCUUUUAGGUUUGAAUUAAUGAUAAUAUUGAUUCAGAAAAUGGUUCCAGUGGGGGUUAAAUUUGAAUCGUUGACAAUAUAAUUUCAUAAAUUUGAACCAAUACGAAACAAGGAAUUUUUUUUUUUUUUUUUACAACCAAUGACAAAGAUAUGGAUGAAAUCCGUCAAUUCAUAUUUCGGUCAUUCUGUAUCAAACCUGAAUUCUAGGCAGGACAUUGGAUACUGAGAGCUAAUUAGAAAAACCGUGUAGUGUGUCGAUAAUCUAUAUACAUGCGUACAGACAGGUACGAUUAUUAACUCACUGUAGACACCAUUCAUUUCACUUACACAACUUUUUUUUUAGAUUUAAAAACAACAGAGUAGUAAAAUUAUCGGUUUCAGAAUCAAUAACACGACCUUGGAAAAACAAAAGGGUUUGUUUGUGUUUAAGAAAAUUUCACAAUUGUGACCCCAUUUUGGUUCAGUGUUUCAAUGUUUACUUAACAGAAUUGCGAAUUCCAAUCUCCUAAAUAAUUUUUUUUUUAGUAGCAGUAAUUAUCAUUCCUUAGCGUGGUGUUUGUAUCUCGUUGAAAGAAGAAAAAAAUGCAGUGCAAAGAAGAAAAAAAUAAAUAAAUAAAACUACAAAAAAAAAAAACCCCCAAAAAACCAAACCCCAAAACACAAACAAACCUACCCCCCCCCCCCCAAAAAAAACCUUCUGCAUUAAAAAGCCUACACGGAGCAUGCAGAAUGAUACGUUUUGAAUGGGUAUAUUGUAAGUGUACCUAUUGAUAUUAGUAUGCACUGGGUACUUGUCGCAGGUGCAGAUAUCAAUAUGGCUUUAAGAUAUUUUCCAUUUCGUAUCAGCUAACGAGUUUUCAGCUGCAUCUUGUUAGAGCGAUGGCGACACGUUAUAUAUAUGGAAUACAAUACCCAACAAAACAUUUUUUCUACACCUAUCAACAAAGAUAUUGAAACAAUGCAAUGCGGAUAACAAUCCUUCGGAAGUUGUUAUUCUUUUUCAAUAAUUCGGUAUCUUUCAUUUUCGGUUGCUUGUGCUUAUCUGAAUGGGUCCCACUAGGUUGAUUCUUUUACAGAGCAAAAGGCUGGCAGCCACGAUCAAUUAUGUUAUGUGUACUGUUUGUGUAUUCAUUUAUCACUUCUAAAGGUGUACUACAUUUCUUAACAUCAAGUAUAGGUAAAAUAAAACGUCAUUCAGGACUAUUGAUCUUGAUAUUUACAGGUUUAAAAAUGUCGUCUGCUUACCAAUCACGUGAUUUAAAUCCGUCCGGCAGAGUGCCAACUCUAGAACUUGGCUACCCCGCUGUCGUGCUUUAUACAUUCAUUCCUAGCGAGAAGGAAUCCACGGAAAUCCUGGUGUCGGAGGGGGACAUCGUGCAGCUUCUCUACAGCGUCGGAGGGUGGGUGUUUGUACGGACCUAUGAGGGGAAUGUGGGGUACAUACCUUUAGACUUUUGUGGAGAAUUGGAGAGUUCCAAAGAGGUCGGUACAGUGUUCAAAGGAGACUCAACCACUGUACAGAGGGAGCUCAAUUACAAGGACCAUAAGGAUGUGACUGACAGCCGUUUUAAUACUGGAUAUAGUGAAGACAAUUUGAUAUCUUUUGAAGAUACUGAAAUCGCAUGCACUACAUGGGAUGAUAUAAGGAAAAAUAGGUUGAAGCAUGGUGAUGACCAUUACGAUAGUGAUUUAAAACAUACGUUAGCUAAUCCACGAUACUCCGGUACACCGAUCUGUAAAAAUAUACCGCGGAUAUUCCAUAAUUCUGAAAAUGAAUCAUGCACUUUGGCAAAAUCGUUGUCUUGUGACAUAUGUAAUGCAUUUUUGUCACGGUUGAUCUCCGGAGUUCACAGUUUGGCCAUAACUGAUAAAGAAAAAGCGGAUUUGAAAUCACGAAAGCUACUUAAGCUAUUGCAAAGAGCGACACAAGAAGGUCUGAAUUUGAUUUCCAAUGUAAGAUAUUUAACCGGAUACGAACAGAAGAGUUCUGUUGAAUUUAAAGAGAAUGGAAUUAGAUCUGGUAAUGACCUGGACCAAGAGCCAGUGCCAGUGUUUGGCGCACUUUGCAUGCAAUGUGAAAUUUUAAGCGAAUUUUUUAAAUUGUCGGAAAAAUACUCCAUGACGGAUCUUUACGCUACGAUACGGGAUCUGCACAUCCACGCUCUCAGUGAUUCAGAUUCCGACUCAGGAACUCAUAUUACAUCGGGUUCAACCAAAACUGAUGAAUCAAAAAAAUGGGCAUCAAAAAACGGAGAAAAGACUAAAGUGCACAAAGACGAAAAAUCGCGAAAUGCUGAGCUUUUCUUAGCUUCUAAAUCUCCCAAUGAAAUAAAGAGGAGUGUUUCAUUUCAGCUGGAGGACAAGUCUACGAUAAAGUUAGAAAUCAUGAGAAACAAAUCAUUCUCCGGCGAAAUCAACUUGGCAAAAUCAAGUGAUGAGAAAAACGUUGAAAGUCAGAAUAGAGACUCCCUGCAUUCGGGGUAUUCCCAGAAAACGGUUGAUUCGGGUAUCGCAGAUGUGCACGAUGACCUCGACUCAAGUUUUCAUUUUGAACCAAGGUCAGAGCCAGGGGAAGGAACGGACGAAAAUGCAAAUGUGCCCGGCGGGAAAGCUAGUGUAUCUCCAGCCAUUAAGUUGGAUUCUAGUAAGACUACCAGUUCGUUUGACGGAUCAGGUGUGUAUGGCUUUCAGGCGUUACUUCACCCCAAAAUGUCCUUGUCACCCCGAGUGUCAUCUACCAAACCAAACUCUCAACGAACGCCUAGGAGUGAGGCAACAGUCAAGAGACAAGAUGCAUUUAAGCAGAAGGCGACGCCUUCGCUUGGAAAACCAUCACCGAGGGAUACCCAUCCAGCGCCUAUAGUCGAAACAAAUACUUCCAUUCAACCGUCUGUGUCAAAAAUGUCGUUUUCACAACGAACGUUAGACAAAUCUAAAUCCUUUACUGAUUCGGAACCUUCUUUUUCGGGUUUGGGCUCGGGAUCGCCUCUCAUAAAACUGGACGAAACUGUAACAGCGUGCGAUAGUGACUCCCCUAAGCCGUCCUUGCCUAUUAUGCGUGGAUCUGGAGAAGAUUUGAUGGCAAACAAUGACAAAAGGAAAAUUUUAGCUAGACGAUUCCAAUCUAUGAAGGCACCACCUGAUAUCAGGCAGUCAGCAGAUUUCUCUCGAAGAGACGACAAAGAAAUACGAAAAUCACUACAUGAUCUCUCUCACGUCAAAAGAACUUCCAGUGUGAAACCAGUGCCUCUGCGCGCGCAGCAUUCGAUACCAAUUCAAACUCCGUCGAAAGAGGCCACCCCUGGGAAGACAGUGCUAGUUAAAAAGUUCAACAAACAAAUGUGGCGUCCCCCUGUUGGGAGUCCAGAGGGCUCUGAUCAAAGACCAUUCUCUCCGUUCGGAGGAACCUUACCACCGUCCAAAAUUAACAAAAAGAAAGUUCACGAGGUUUUUGUUUGAAGAGGUACAAGUCAUUACUUUUUUUUCUCAUGUGACCGUUUUCACGCACGUGUUUCACAGGGACCUCGAUGCAGUGCGGUGGACAGCGGUGAAGUUAAUUGGUCAUUAGUGGGUCAUACCUUCAAAAGGACACCGUUAUGUAAUACAGUUAAAUGUGGACACCUGUCAGUGGUGGUCAGUCUAAGGCUGGUUCAAGAGGUCGAAUGGAGAGAAAAAAAUCUGCUGCAUUUGUCAGGGAUGUUUCUGUAUUUUGAAUACGUUGUUGUGGUUUUCUGUAGAGAUUUAUCUAAACGUGACCUACGUAGUUAGUAUGGUCACUUUGUAGUGCCAAUGACUCAUUUGUGAUACUCCGUCCAAAACAUUUACACUCCGGUUGUGUUAUGUUUUUGUUACAGGUGACCAGUGAUACAUAUCAUGACAGGUAACACUAUAGUAUACAUAUAGUUAAUUAUUUAUUAGUUUCUAUCAGCAUGUAUGUCUGUUUAUUCUUCUGUUAAGGUAACGCAUUUGCAAUUAAAACAAAAGUUACAAGCUCAAGGUCACUCAACCCAUAUACAAUUAUAUACAGGGGAUGCUUACUCCUCCUAGACAUCUGCUAUGUCCAGGAGUUCGUGUUUGCCCUAUUCCUUUAUAGGAUUUAUGAGAUUGACCACUGUUCGUUAUCUUCACUUUUUCACAUAAAAGGUCACCACUUGCAUCAAUUUGUUAUAAAUGGCAGGUAUCAAUGCAACAUUGAGAUUCGGACGUUAAUUACGGUUAUUUAAGUUAUCAUUAAUUAGAUAAAGCGGAACUUCGUUAAUAAUAUCUUGACGGGUCAUCGGAUCAUUUCGGCCGGUCACCUGGCAUCGUCCCCAGUAACGAAGCCUGUUGAAUAUUAUUGUGAUAUUGUUGAUUAUUUAUUCCAUUGUGUGUGCCUCCUUGGGGGAUCAGUUAUUUGUCCUUCCUUCGGGGGCCAGUUGUUGUAAAUAAUUCAUUUUGACUUAUUUAUUGAAAUAAACUGUUAGUUACACUUAU